AGAGUUAAGCUUAGGGGUUGAUCAUGAACUCUGACUAAUCAUCAAAUAUGUUCUAACGUCACCUGUUUGCAGUUGUAAAGCCGAUGUAAUAUUCAGAUUUAUUUGCAUUACUUCCUCUUUUGUUUGCUAUGUGUAGUGUGUCUACCCAGAGGUAAAGAUGUGACUUCCUGUAAGAGACAAAUCUCUAGAGCAGGCAAUAUGGGAAAGCCCAGUGUUCAGAUCUUUGAGCAGCCCAAACAGAGAGGCAUGCGCUUCAGGUACAAAUGUGAGGGACGCUCAGCGGGCAGCAUACCAGGAGAAAGAAGCUCUGAUAAUAACAGAACCUACCCCAGCAUUCAGAUUCUAAAUUUCUCCGGGAAAGGAAAAGUACGUGUUUCCUUGGUGACCAAAAGCGAAUCAUACAAACCACAUCCGCAUGACCUGGUGGGUAAAGACUGCAAGGAUGGUUAUUAUGAGGCAGAAUUUGGACCUGAACGCAGGGUCAUUGCUUUCCAAAACCUGGGCAUCCAGUGUGUGCGAAGGAGAGAAGUGAGAGAUGCCAUAUUGCAGAGAGUUGCACGAGGCAUCAACCCUUUCAAUGUUCCUCGGGAACAGCUGCUGCAGACUGAGGAGUAUGAUCUGAACGUAGUGCGUCUAUGCUUCCAAGUUUACCUGCAAGAUGAGACUGGGCUGUACAACAUCACACUGCCUCCCAUCGUCUCAAAUCCCAUCUAUGACAACAGGGCCCCAAACACAGCCGAACUGCGAAUUUGCCGGGUGAACAAGAACAGUGGCAGUGUGAAGGGAGGUGAUGAGAUCUUCCUGCUCUGUGACAAAGUGCAGAAAGAAGAUAUUGAAGUGAGGUUCUUCACUCAGAACUGGGAGUCCAAAGGCUCCUUCUCUCAAGCUGAUGUGCACAGGCAAGUGGCCAUAGUGUUUAAGACGCCCACCUACUGUGACACUACCAUCACAGCUCCUGUCACAGUGCACAUGCAGCUGCGCCGUCCGACUGACCAGGAGGUCAGUGAGCCCAUGGAGUUCAGAUACCUACCCGAUGAUAAAGAUCCCUAUGGCUGUCAAGAGAAGAAGAGAAAAAUUGAAAGCCUGAUGAAAUCCUUCCCUAGUUUUUCCCAAGGAGCCAUGAGCACUGUAAACAGACCAAAAGCAGUGCCUAACAAUAUGAUGGGUCAGAGAAUUAAAACUGAGCCAACAAAUUAUUAUCGUUUGCCAAGUCAUGGUGUGUUGCGAACAAAUCCGUCAAACUAUUACAACAAAGCCCCUCAGUCCCGCCCUAUGAUGCCACCUCUCUCAGAAACCCCAGUUUCUGUGGCUCUCAACCAACCAUGGCCUAACCCAAUUGUUAAUGUCACUGGAACCAGUAAUGGGGUGGGCCUACAGCAAGUGAACCCAAGUCCCAGCAUGCCCACCACAGCGGAAGGCAGUGGAAACAGCCUCCCCGUACUGACUUCUACAGAUCUGGAUAUGGAGUUUCUUCAGUCCAAUGGCACAACAGCCAGCCAGCCUCGACAGGAACAACAGAGCCAGCAGAUCCAUCAGUCCCAACAGCCACCUCAACGGCAGGAGCCUCUGCAAGGAGUAGAUGGAGCCCAUACCUGGUACUAUGGCCUCCAACAGUCCCAAAGCACACAAAAUGGAGCAGCAGGCACAGGCAUGUCAUUGGGAGUAGGCUACCAGUAUGCAAGUAGCUUAGAUGAUGAGAUCCUACAAAAUUUAAUGGGCGGCCAUCAGACAGGCCUCCACUUGAAACAGGAGACUCAAGGGCCUAGUAACAUGGCUAUGCUGAGCUCCACCUGCACAGCAUCCUCUGACUGUACACAAUCUUUCACUGCCCUGCUGAACUGCCCAAACACCAAUGGAAGUACUCAGGAGACCAUAAGACAAAUGGAGGCCAGUGGCCCAAAUCAGAGGGGCCCGCAAAUACCAUAUUCCUCCACCAACAUGGGGCAAGAGAGCCACUUUGAUUCUUUGUCCUGGCCGUACUACCCUGAAUAGUACAAUCCAUAACUAUUCAAGAUUAAUUCCAAGGAUACAAAUGUUCACAACUAAGAGCAUGUUUUUUUUUUCUUUAAAUGUAGGCUCUGAUUUGUGUUAACUGAAUGUACUUACUGAAUAUCAGGUGGGCUUGAUGUCAUAGAAUGAGGCCAGUUCUGUAAAAUUCUGCCACCAUUUUGGUAAUGCAGUGAAAUUUUAUGAAACAUAUGUACAUAAUGGUCUGAUGGUCAUGUUUUAGGAGUUUGGGAAAUUUGUCCACAAACUGUGGCAAGGGAAUUGUGUUCCUUAAAGUGGGAACUUACAGGGAAUUGUCCCUGGGUAAUGGCUAUGCCAUUUUAAGCAUGCUUCUUAUCCAAAGUUCUCAGAAAACAGUUUUUAAACUAAAUCAUACUGUCUUUCAUUGGUAGCUCAAAAGUGAUAUAAUGGCUUUAGAAACAUAUGCCAAUGUUUUGUUUUCACUUUAUUCAACAUACAGUUUUCCUAAUUAUCAAGUUUGACUUUACAUUGCAUUUUCUGUGGGUGAAUUUUUGUAUUUUUAUAGAAUUAAAAUGUAAACUACUGAA